UCUGCUGCCAGCCAGCUUCUUCUUUACUGUUCCUACACAGAGUACUUUCAUACACCGCUGCCGGACAGUCUCUUUUUUUCGAUACGACUAUCUUUUUGAGAAAGAUAUCACGAUACGCUAUAUUUCACAAACGCCAUCAUGAAGUUCGACACUAGCAUUCUUCUUGCCUCUUUGGCUGCUUCCGCCGCUGCUGCGCCGGCUGCCAGGCCCAACAAUAUUGCUCUUGGGAAGCGCUUUCCUGACGGAACCGCAGCCCAGCAACUCCCCGCACACUUCAUUUCCACCGUCCGCCGCCUCUCAAGCGAGAAGAUUAAGACUAAGCGUCAGCUCGAUGGUCUUCUCGACAGCCUGAAUGGCGGCGGCCUUGGUGGUCUCCUUGGAGGACUGACUGGUGACGGUGGUGGUAACGACGAAAACGCUCAGCAGGAUUCUGGCAACGCUCAGCAGGAUUCUGGCAACGCUCAGCAGGAUUCUGGCAACGCUCAGGAGGGUUCUGGCAACGACCAGGAGGGUUCUGGCAACAAUCAGAAUGCUGAUGCUGGUGCUGGUGCUGGUGCUGGUGCCGAGAACGAUGCAGGUAACAACGGCACUGAGGCUGCUGGAGCUGGAAAUGCCGCUGCGGAUAAUGGGCAAGCUCAGCUUGAGGGCGAAGAUGAGCAGGCUCAGGGAAAUGCCGCUGAUGAAGAUAAUGCCCAGAUCAAUGGGUUCGGGGGGAAUGAUAUACAAGCUGCUGGACAGCAAAAUGCUGGUUCUGCUGCUGCACAGCAGGGACAGGCUGGUACUGCUAACACGGCUUCUGCCCAGAAAGGAGCAGGAAACGCGGAUGCAGUUGCUGCUCAGCAAGGCCAGGCACAGGCUGGUAAUGCUAACGCAGCCUAUGGUCAACAAAACCAGGCAGCUAAUGCUGGAAAUGCCAACGCUGCCUCUGCUGAGCAAGCCCAAGGUCAAGCUGGCAGUGGUAACAAUGCUGGUGCUCAGCAAGGACAGGCAGCCAACGCUGGAAACGCCAACGCUGGAAACGCCAAUGCUGGAAAUGCCAACGCUGGAAACACCAACGCGGCUUCUGCUCAGCAAGCUCAAGGCCAAGCAGGUGGUGCUAAUAAUGCUGCUGCCCAACCAUGUGCGGGCGCUGCUGGCGCUGCCGGUGCUGGAAACGCUGGUAAUGCCAGUGUAGCAGACGCCCAGCAAGCCCAGUCUGGCAACGCUGGUGCUGCUGGUAUCGCAUCCGCUCAGCAGGCUCAAGGUCAGAACCAAGCCAGUUCCGCCAAAGCCUCUGGUAACGCUGCCAAUCAGGGCGCCACUGCGGCUGGCAAGGCUGAUUCUGCUCUUGCGGACUCCCAGGAGGAAGACUAAAUACCUUUAUUCUCUAGUUAAACACUGGGAGAUAGUGGGGACUUGACGAGAGCAGGGAAUAGGAAGAAGCGGGAGAAUAAGAGUGGUGGUGAAGAAGAAGGAAGAGGAGGGGUUGGGAAUAUGAAUGGAAAGGGGGCAACAUAAGAAUGGAGACCUAAGGAGAUCAUGACGAUGAUGAGGUGGUAAUGUUACGAUAUAUUUGGGAAGAACAAGUGUACGAUCGCUUUUUUUUGCUAGGUAAUGGGAAUUAUGAACUGGUUUUGUUUGGGAA